AUGGCGACCUUAUCCCCAUCUCCAUCUGAAUCAGACAACAACGAAAUUCACCCUCUGAUCACUCUUAAAAGACGAAUAGCUGCACUGGAGGAAGAAAAUACAAACCUCCGAGUCCGUGGGCUCCCUGGGAAGAAAAGCAAUGACUCGAAUAUAUUCUAUGGACGAUCAAUUCGAAGGCUCGUGUGCCUGACCGAGCGCGUUGAAGAUGUGGUAGCAGAAUUCAAUAGGCGCAUUGGACUGGGCGCUGCCAAUGAAUCCGACGCGGAUCUAAUGGAUUCAAAUGACCUAGAUGAAAAUAGGCGGUAUCGCUCCUUCAAGAAACUUAUGGCAUGGUGCCCCUUGGCUCGUAAAUUGCUACGGUCAUCUGCCGAGCACGAAACUCUUGCUUUUGCAUACAGCAAGCUGAAUGAAAGCUCUGACGGAGCCAGGGGAGACGACUCUGCUAGUCUUAAGCGCUCUGUGGCUGAAUGGCUAAUGGAACGUACUCCCGCACCGAAUCCUGCCAUUCACAAACAAGACAAAUCUGGUCGGGGUUUUUACAACGACGUGACGGGUGGGCUCCUGUGCCCAGUUGAUUACGAUUGGAGCAAUCCCACUGUUCGAGCCUCCAUUCAAGACUACCAUCCUGAUCAUCGCAUCACCGCUUGUUCCUGGCCUUCAUUCUUGUACGAGGAUGGAGGCUAUGACCCCCAGAAUCCUACGAAGGGUCUACUUAAAGGCAAGCUACUCAUAAAGGCGUUUAAACGUGUAUUUACCUCUCCAAGUUCCACAGACGAGGAACAACCUGUCGACUCGGCUCGUUCUGCACACAACAGGAACAGUGGUGAGCGUCGCACUCGGCGUGACGUUGCAACACUACUCGAUAUGCGAUCUGUCCAACCUCGAGCCAUAGCUUAUGUGUCUGUUCAGCUGAGAUUCGCAUUGUCGAGCUCAGGAUCCUGGCGCAUCAUUGAUGACGAAUUCAACAAUCAGGAAUUUUAUGACAACAUAGUUGACUAUUUGGAGCUUCCUCCAACGCCAGAAGCAGCGAAAGAAAUCGACGAUCUCUUACUUUGGUGGAAUCAAAAAGUUUUUGGUCGAAGAUUUGUUUCCGAUUAUCGCCCGCAGCAGGCAAACAAGAUGUCAGUCGCCAUGACUUUGGCCAAAAGGCGUCACCACUAG